AUGAUAAAAAUCAGCAGUUGCUGCCACGUCGUCUGGAGCAGAAUAAACCUGUCCAGCAAGGAAGGCAGUAGAGGAAGACGAGACGAGGGAGUGUCGCUCGCUUCCCCGCCGCUCCGCGACGUGACGUCACACUUCUCUGCGCUUCUGGACUCUGCUGAAGAAGAUGGCGGCCUCCUCAGUGUUGCAGGAGUUAAGGUCCCUCGCAAUUUCCGCUUGUUGGAGGAGCUGGAAGAGGGGCAGAAAGGCGAGGGCGAUGGCACGGUGAGCUGGGGCUUGGAGGAUGACGAGGACAUGACUCUCACACAGUGGACCGGCAUGAUCAUCGGGCCAGCCAGAACCAAUUACGAGAACAGAAUAUACAGCCUGAAAGUGGAAUGUGGACCCAGGUACCCAGAAACAGCCCCGACUGUUAAAUUUGUAACAAAAAUCACCAUGAAUGGGAUAAAUAAUUCCAAUGGAACGGUGGACUCACGGAGCAUACCAAUAUUAGCAAAAUGGCAGAAUUCUUAUAGCAUUAAAAUUGUCCUUCAAGAGUUAAGGCGUCUAAUGAUGUCCAAAGAAAAUAUGAAGCUUCCGCAGCCACCAGAAGGACAAACCUACAGCUAA